AUGCGCCUGCCGUUCUUCGACUCCCUCACUGCGCUAGAGCUCUGGGACUGCACCUUUAACUCGCUGAGGGCGAUGAUGGACGUUGUGUGGGCCUUCCCGAACCUGGCCUCAUUGAAGGUGCUCGGGUGCACCAUCGCGACCAAACGUGGUCCUACAGCAGCGGGUGUGCUGUUAUCUACGAGCUGCCAGCAGCUGCGAGCGUGCCAAGCGCUCGUCAACCUUGAACUAGAUUGGGCGUCGAUAUCUUCGGACCUUUCAUCAACGGUGGCCGGGAGCAUUUUUGGGUGCUCCGUCACCAGGCUGCACAUCUUCAUCCACGAUGCACAGACCCUCGCCAGCUUCCUCCACGGUUCUUUCCCAGCACUGCGGUGCAUCACGGUCGACCCAGUCCAUAUUCCGGACGCUGAAGCGCCUAGCGCUGGCCCAGUGAAACCGUGGCUUCAUGCCGUCGCUGCAAGUCAGGCAUUACCCGGCACGCUCAAGAAGAUCGACCUCACUCAGAGUCAUGCUGCAAAGAGCAAUGAGGCGUGGUGCGAGGAGGUUGUCGGCAAAAGCGAGGAGGUAAACGACGCUAGGCUUCCUCUGCCUAGACUUCUGUCCGGGCUCGAGGAGCUCCGAAUCCGCUUCAAUUAUGCCUGCGAGCCGGCAGAGUGCGCAGCGCACAUCUACAAGGCUUUACCCAGCAUGGGUCAAGUGCUGCAUCUCGGGUAUGGUGGUUCGGCCAGCGAGUGGACGGAGUACCAGCCACCGCCAGAGUAG